AUGGCAGAGUUAGAAUUAAUGGAAGAAGAAUUAAUACAAAAGCAUAAAAAAGAACGAAAAGAAUUACAAGCACAAAUACAAAUAUUAAAAAAAUCAAUUUGCAAAGGUGAUAAGAAGAAGAAAAAAGAAGUGACUGAGGAAAUUAGUCACUUAGAAGAAGCUCUAGAUAAAAAGCAAGAAGAAGAGUUAAUUACAUGGAAAGUGACACAUUUUAAUAUAAAUAAUGUGAAAAAUAAAAAUACUGAAAAUAUUAGUAAUAAAAGCACAAAAAAUAAUACAAACAAUAAAGAAUAUGAGCAACCAACACAUAGAAUUUCAAAAGCACAGAAGAGAAGAGACAAGAAAGCAAAUGCAGAGAAAGAACGUAAUCAGAGAAUCAUAGAGCAAGAAGCAUUAAAUGUUUUUGGAAAAAGAAAUACAGAAUUACAAACUAUUAAGAAAAUUCUUUGUGACCGUGGUUUAAUGAUUUAUGAAAUUCCAAGUGAUGGCCAUUGUUUAUAUAAUGCUGUCGCACAUCAGUUAAAAAUUAUAGGAGAAACUCCAUUGAAUUUUCAUGAACUUAGAACAAAAACUGCUACACAUUUGAGAGAAAAUAUGAAUGAAUUUUUACCAUUCAUUUCUACUCCAGAUUCAGAUGAUCUUCUCUCAUCAGAACAAUAUGAAAAAUAUUGUCAUGAUGUGGCACAUACAAGUUCUUGGGGUGGAGCUAUUGAAUUACAAGUUCUUUCACAUGUAUUGAAAUGUCCGAUAGAGGUCAUUCAGGCAUCAGGUGCACCAUAUAUUAUUGGUGAUAACUACAAUAAUGAAAAGAAAAUGAUACUGACUUACCAUCGUCAUAUGUAUGAACUAGGUGCUCAUUAUAAUUCUGUUACAAAAUAUGUUAAAGGAGAUGAAAGUUGA